AUGGCGAGAGAGAACGAGGGAGAUGAGGUGAAAGAGAGUGAGAGAGAGAUGGAGAGACAGAGGGGGGAGAGUGUGCUGUUCUGGUAAAUUAGGCAGGCAGUGGUGGGAAUGUAUUAUUCUCUGGUUAGAGGAGAGUUCUCCACAGCCCAGCACUCCAGCUCUUGCCUCAUUUUGACCUGUCUCACCUGGAUUCCUUAAAGACGUGGACAAAUCCUAAAGAAAUCCUCUUAGAAAACCUCUAUGUUCCUCCUCUUGGCACACACAGCCAAAUAGUGUCCAACUCUAUACAGUACUUAUGUGUUAUGAUCUAUCAGUGAAAACGGAAAGAGGUUUCUUUACUUCAGGCUUAUUACUGGUUUACCUCAUUGAGUUCUGGUAUUUUCUACUGACGGCAGAUUCCCUGACUUGUCUUCUUUUCUGUUCUAGCCCCGACAGACACACAGAGGCGAGUAUACAUCAGUUUAGUUAUUUUUCUCAGAUGUACCUGUAGAGCGAUGCUGCCGAGAUAACACCAACCACACAUCUCUCUCCCCACUUCCAAAAUACAUCCUUGUGCCAAUAACAGGCAGUUCCUUCUCUAAAACCUCUGCAGCUCCUACAUAUUCAUCCAAACGUUUCCUUAAGCAGCGACGACAAAAGCCUGUGUUAGACUCCGCAGCCUUUCCUUUCCUCAAUUCCCCCCUCAGCCAAGCCUCCCACAUAACUGCAGGCUGUGCCUUCUGCCUUCUCGGCUGCUAACUCCCUCCACACAGACACAGGUUCAGCUCAAGGACUACCGCAUUGUCACACUGAAAACCAACCCUCUACCACCCCAACCAACCACACAUGACUCAUACACACAUAGGAGAGAGAGAUAGAUGGAAACUUACCAGUGGGAGUGAGUCCCUUCACAAACUGUAUGGACCAGCAGCAGGUGUUCCCCUCAUGCCUGGGACCCACAUGCUUUAAAGCAGCAGUCCAGCAUGACAGCGUGAGACUCAGAUCACAGCAGGUUUUUCAUGUGUAUUUCCAAGAACAUGCGUCUUCUUCUCCUUUCGUUGCGAGAGAGGCAGAGAGAGAGAGAGAGAAACAGGAGAGGGGAGGGAGAGAUGGGUAGCUCCAGCUCUAAAACCGUUCCACUGUGUGUGUGUGAGAGAGAGAGAGAGAGAGAGAGAGAGAGAGAGAGAGAGAGAGAGAGAGAUAGAGAGCAGAGCGAGAGAGAGAGAUGAGAGAUAGAGAGAGAUAGAGAUGAGAGAGAGAUAGAGGCAGAAGCAGAGAGGAGAGAGAGAGAGAGAGAGAGAGAGAAACAGGAGAGGGGAGGGAGAGAUAGGUAGCUCCAGCUCUGAUACCGUUCCACUGUGUGUGUGUGUGUGUGUGUGUGUGUGUGUGUGUGUGUGUUUGUGUGUGUGUGUGAGAGAGAGAGAGAGUCAGAGAGAGAGGUAGAGAGAGAGAGAGGUAGAGAGAGGCUCUCUUGGUUGUGUGUGUGAGUGUGUGUGUCUUUGCUUGCUAAAGAUGCUGGGUGCAGAGCAGAGCGAUAGGGUGGGGGCUGUUCUCUGUCUAUCCUUCCUUUUCUCCAGCGUAGUUAGAGAGCAGAUCACUCAGCUGAUCAACCAUCACUCUGCUCCGCUGCUGCCAGCUCCACCGUCAUUUAUAACACACACACACACAGGCCAAUCCCUGUUCAGAUCGCAGGCUCUGUUCUUGGAGCUGCUGGUAAUUAUGAUUGGUUGAGUGGGCUGUCAAUCAGUCAUGAUCCCCUGUAUCCCUGAGGCAAAGAGAGUCCAAAUAUGUGUGUAUGAGUGGGAGAGAGUGGGAGGAACGGAGUGACAGAGAGAGUUUGUAUGUGUCUGUGUGUUUGUGCCUCUGUGUGUGUCAGAGUGUGUGUUAAAGAGAGAGUGAUGGAGGGAGACUGAGUGAGAGAGCAUGGGAGGGAGGGAUGGAGGAUGGAUGUGGCUUCUUAUUAAGACUGGCAUUUCGGUUUGAAUCUCCGGGGGUUUGAAGGCAGCGUUUAACAAACUGCGGUUUCUGUGGGUCAUUAUUCAAUGCCUUUGUGUCCCUCAUUUGGCCAGACACUCUGAAAUGAACACCUUUGUACCUCUGGCUCCCUGGUAGCCUCACAGUCAUCUAUAAAAUCUGUGACUGGAAUAUAAGCCCAUGAAUGUUGAUAAUUACAACCCUAUUGAUCAUGUCCUUGAACAGCACGCCCAAGCGAGAUACAUUUUUUGUACAAAUCUUUUCUAUAUUACCCAAUUAUUAAACUCAUUUUGUAUCCGUUAUGUGAAUGCCUUUGCCAUUUGUUGGUUACGCAGAAGUAGUUUGUGGCUUGGCAAAGGAGGUCAUUGCUGUGUUGUUAAUGGUCAUAGAAUUCAUUAACUGAGCAUUGUGGUAUUUUGGGUUAUUAAAAAUGUCCUCCAGCGAUAAAAAAAACAAAAACUUUUCCUGUUGAAAAGUGAUAUUCUGAGUAUAAAUACAGUAAAGAACACACACUAAAGGGUUAAAAAAUAUAUGCAAACUUCUAGGAGUAGGACAUUCAAGGAGUUGGUCUGAUGGUGCCUUCUGAUGUCAUCGGCCACCCCCUUUGCUUGAGGAACAAUAGAGGAGCUUGUGCCGUGUCAUGAGGAUACCUGGAUCACCUAUUGAGAUGUUCAUGUGUUAAAUGAGCUGAAGAGGAGACUGGAGUAGGACUUGAAGGGUUAAUUAGAAACAAAGUGAACAAUCUUUCUCUACCAUGGGCUGUGGAUGAGCAUAUUUUUUAUUUCUUUUUAUUUCACCUUUAUUUAACCAGGUAAGCCAGUUGAGAACAAGUUCUCAUUUACAACUGCGACCUGGCCAAGAUAAAGCAAAGCAGUGCGAUAAAAACAACAACAACACAGAGUUACAUAUGGAAUAAACAAAACGUACAGUCAAUAACACAAUAGAAAAUCUAUAUACAGUGUGUGCAAAUGUAGUAAGUUAUGGAGGUAAGGCAAUAAAUAGGCCAUAGUGCAAAAUAAUAACAAUUUAGUAUUAACACUAGAGUGAUAGAUGUGCAGAAGAUGAUGUGCAAAUAGAGAUACUGGGGUGCAAAUGAGCAAAAUAAAUAACAAUAUGGGGAUGAGGUAGUUGGGUGGGCUAAUUACAGAUGGGCUGUGUACAGGUGCAGUGAUCGGUAAGCUGCUCUGACAACUGAUGCUUAAAGUUAGUGAGGGAGCAAGUGUCUCCAGCUUCAGAGAUUUUUGCAGUUCGUUCCAGUCAUUUGCAAUAGAGAACUGGAAGGAAAGGCGGCCAAAGGAGGUGUUGGCUUUGGGGAUGACCAGUGAGAUAUACCUGCUGGAACGCAUACUACGGGUGGGUGUUGCUAUGGUGACCAAUGAUCUAAGAUAAGGCGGGGAUUUGCCUAGAAGUGAUUUAUAGAUGACCUGGAGCCAGUGGGUUUGGCGACGAAUAAGUAGUGAGGGCCAGCCAACGAGAGCGUACAGGUCACAUAUGGGGCUUUGGUGACAAAACGGAUGGCACUGUGAUAGACUACAUCCAAUUUGCUGAGUAGAGUGUUGGAGGCUGUUUUGUAAAUGACAUCGCCGAAGUCAAGGAUCGGUAGGAUAGUCAGUUUUACGAGGGCAUGUUUAGCAGCAUGAGUGAAGGAGGCUUUGUUGUGAAAUAGGAAGCUGAUUCUAGAUUUAACUUUGGAUUGGAGAUGCUUAAUGUGAGUCUGGAAGGAGAGUUUACAGUCUAACCAGACACCUAGGUAUUUGUAGAUGUCCACAUAUUCUAAGUCAGACCCGCCGAGAGUAGUGAUUCUAGUUGGGCGGGCGGGUGCAAGCAGCGUUCGAUUGAAGAGCAUGCAUUUAGUUUUACUAGCGUUUAAGAGCAGUUGGAAGCCACGGAAGGAGUGUUGUAUGGCAUUGAAGCUUGUUUGGAGGUUUGUUAACACAGUGUCCAAUGAAGGGCCAGAUGUAUACAAAAUGGUGUUGUCUGCGUAGAGGUGAAUCUGAGCAUCACCAGCAGCAAGCGCGACAUCAUUGAUAUACACAGAGAAUAGAGUCGGCCCGAGAAUUGAACCCUGUGGCACCCCCAUAGAGACUGCCAGAGGUCCAGACAACAGGCCCUCCAAUUUGACACAAUGAACUCUAUCUGAGAAGUAGUUGGUGAACCAGGCGAGGCAGUCAUUUGAGAAACCAAGGCUAUUUAGUCUGCCAAUAAGAAUGCGAUGAUUGACAUCGUCAAAAGCCUUGGCCAGGUCGAUGAAGACGGCUGCACAGUACUGUCUUUAAUCGAUCGUGGUUCUUAUAUCGUUUAGGACCUUGAGCGUGGCUGAGGUGCACCCAUAACCAGCUCGGAAACCAGAUUGCAUAGCGGAGAAGGUACGGUGGGAUUGGAAAUGGUCGGUGAUCUGUUUGUUAACUUGGCUUUCAAAUACUUUCGAAAGGCAGGGCAGGAUGGAUAUAGGUCUGUAACAGUUUGGAUCUAGAGUGUCACCCCCUUUGAAGAGGGGGAUGACCGCGGCAGCUUUCCAAUCUCUGGGGAUCUCAGACGAUACGAAAGAGAGGUUGAACAGGCUAGUAAUAGGGGUUGCGACAAUUUCGGCAGCUAAUUUUAGAAAGAAAGGGUCCAGAUUGUCUAGCCCAGCUGAUUUGUAGGGGUCCAGAUUUAGCAGCUCUUUCAGGACAUCAGCUAUCUGAAUUUGGGUGAAGGAGAAGCGCGGGGGGGGGGCAUGGGCAAGUUGCAGCGGAGGGUGCAGAGCUAGUGACCGGGGUAGGGGUUAGCCAGGUGGAAAGCAUGGCCAGCCAUAGCAAAAUGCUUAUUGAAAUUCUCGAUUAUCGUAGAUUUAUCAGUGGUGACAGUGUUUCCUAGCCUCAGUGCAGUGGGUAGCUGGGAGGAGGUGCUCUUAUUCUCCAUGGACUUUACAGUGUCCCAAAACUUUUUGGAGUUAGUGCUACAGGAUGCAAAUUUAUGUUUGAAAAAGCUAGCCUUUGCUUUUCUAACUGCUUGUGUAUAUUGGUUCCUGACUUCCCUGAAAAGUUGCAUAUCGCGGGGGCUGUUCGAUGCUAAUGCAGUACGCCACAGGAUGUUUUUGUGCUGGUCAAGGGCAGUCAAGUCUGGGGUGAACCAGGGACUAUAUCUGUUCUUAGUUCUGCAUUUUAAUGGGACAUGCUUAUUUAAGAUGACGAGGAAAGCACUGUUGAAGAACAUCCAGGCAUCCUCUACUGACGGAAUGAGGUCAAUAUCCAUCCAGGAUACCUGGGCCAGGUCAAUUAGAAAGGCCUGCUCGCUGAAGUGUUUUAGGGAGCGUUUGACAGUGAUGAGGGGUGGUCGUUUGACCGCGGACCUAUUACGGAUGCAGGCAAUGAGGCAGUGAUCGCUGAGAUCCUGGUUGAAGACAGCGGACGUGUAUUUAGAGGGUAAAUUAGUCAGGAUGAUAUCUAUGAGAGUGCCCAUGUUUACGGAUUUAGGGUUGUACCUGGUAGGUUCCUUGAUGAUUUGUGUGAGAUUGUGGGCAUCUAGAUUAGAUUGUAGGACAGCCGGGGUGUUAAGCAUAUCCCAGUUUAGGUCACCAAGCAGUACAAACUCUGAGGAUAGAUGGGGGGCAAGCAAUUCACAUAUGGUGUCCAGGGCACAACUGGGGGCUGAGGGGGGUCUGUAGCAAGCGGCAACAGUGAGAGACUUAUUUCUGGAAAGGUGGAUUUUUAGAAGUAGAAGCUCAAACUGUUUGGGCACAGACCUGGAUAGUAUGAUAGAGCUCUGCAGGCUAUCUCUACAGUAGAUUGCAACUCCGCCCCCUUUGGCAGUUCUAUCUAGACGGGAAAUGUUGUAGUUCGGAAUGGAAAUUUCUGAAUUUUUGGUGGCCUUCCUAAGCCAAGAUUCAGACACUGCUAGAACAUCAGGGUUGACAGAGUGUGCUAACGCAGUGAAUAACUCAAACUUGGGGAGGAGACUUCUGAUGUUAACAUGCAAGAAACCAAGGCUUUUACGGUUACAGACGUCAACAAAUGAUAGCGCCUGGGGGGUAGGAGUGAUACUGGGGGCUACAGGGCCUGGGUUAACCUCUAUAUCACCAGAGGAACAGAGGAGGAAUAGAAUAAGGAUACGGCUAAAGGCUUUAAGGACUGGUCUUCUAGUGCGUUGGGUACAGAGAAGAGGGGCAGAUUUCCGGGCAUUGUAGAAUUGAUUCAGGGCAUUAUGUACAGACAAGGAUAUGGAAGGAUAUGAGUACAGUGGAGGUACACCUAAGCAUUGGGUAACUAUGAAAGAGAUAGCAUCACUGGAGGUACCGAUUGAGCCGGUCUCUGCUAUGUUUGUGUCCCGCUGUGUUGUGAGGUCCACCUGCUGAGAGAUGGAGAGGAAAGAGUGGAAAGACAAUGAUGUGAGGGGGAGGAGUGAGAUCCUGGUACCUAAACCCCACACAACACUCACUGCAGUAUAGUCAGUUUCUGUCUGCUGCUGGGAAGGUACACUGAUUCUAGUUCAGUCUAGUGUUGUGAAUAGGGUAUUUUUUUAUGUUAUUUUUAUUGAAGAGUUGACAAGAGUAAAUAGGGUCACUUUACAGUACAGACAUAAAACUUGUAUUUAUUUUACUUCUUUGUGUAUUUGGUGUUCAUGGUUAAAUUUUUAUUAUGACCUCAUAGCUGUAUCUUUAUCAUAUAUAUUUAUUUAUAUAGUUUAUCGUUAUUGUUCCAGGUCUCCCAAGAACCCCCAGCAGAAGAUCAUCAAGAGGGUCAUAGCCCGGGAGGGAGACUUCAUUAAGUACGUACAGAAUGAGCUCUUUCCCCAUAGCUUUAUCAAAUCAAACUUAAAACACAAAGGAUGUCUAAAAUAACAAUAUAAUCCCUCACUGAUUAAAGGCCUAUAUGAAGACUUCCUAUGAGAAGAAUUCCUAUGUGAAGACUUCCUAUGAGAAGACUUCCUAUGACAAGACUUCCUAUGACAAGACUUCCUAUGAGAAGACUAAUAACUAAAGAGCAGCAGUAAAACAAUAAACCUAUUGGCAAUACUGAUUCAGUCUGAAGCCUAUUCUAAUGAGAGCAUGUGGACAAACUGUACAGAAGGAGCUCUACUCAACUACAUCCAUAUUUAAUUUCAUAUUACUAGCUUCAAAUCUUCAAUGAGAAACCCCAAACACACAUUUCUCUAUGGUAACCUCUGCAGUAAUGCAUAUUAUUUUCCUUUAGCUAUGUAACCCCUGGCUUGAGUCCACCCAUGAUAGGUCUAUGUUAGCAUAUGUAGUAGUGGUUAUGUGACUCAGGACAGGUCCAUGUUGUCUUAGGUGGUAGUGGCUAUAUGAGUUGUGACUCAGGACAGGUCCAUGUUGUCUUAGGUAGGUAGUAGUGGCUAUAUGAGCUGUGACUCAAGACAGGUCCAUGUUGUCUUAGAUGGUACUAGUGGCUAUAUGAGUUGUGACUCAGAACAGGUCCAUGUUGUCUUAGGUGGUAGUGGCUAUAUGAGCGUCUGCUAAAUGACUAAAAUGUAAAAUGAGUCACAGCUCAUAUAGCCACCACCACCUAAGACAACAUGGACCUGUUCUGAGUCACAACUCAUAUUUAUUUAUUUUACCUUUAUUUAACUAGGCAAGUCAGUUAAGAACAAAUUCUUAUUUACAAUGACGGCCUACACCGGCCAAACCCGGACGACGCUGGGCCAAUUGUACGCCGCCCUAUGGGACUCCCAAUCACGUCCGGUUGUGAUACAGCCUGGAAUCAAACUCAUAUAACCACCACCACCUAAGACAACAUGGACCUGUCAUGAGUCACAGCUCAUAUAAACACUACUACCUACGUAAGACAAAAUGGACCCGUCAUGAGUCACAGCUCAUAUAGCCACUACCACCUAAGACAACAUGGACAACAGGACAGGUCCAUGUUGUCUUAGGUAGGUAGUAGUGGCUAUAUGAGUUGUGACUCAGGACAGGUCCAUGUUGUCUUACAUAGGUAGUAGUGGCUAUAUGAGUUGUGACUCAGGACAGGUCCAUGUUGUCUUACAUAGGUAGUAGUGGCUAUAUGAGUUGUGACUCAGGACAGGUCCAUGUUGUCUUACAUAGGUAGUAGUGGCUAUAUGAGUUGUGACUCAGGACAGGUCCAUGUUGUCUUACAUAGGUAGUAGUGGCUAUAUGAGUUGUGACUCAGGACAGGUCCAUGUUGUCUUACAUAGGUAGUAGUGGCUAUAUGAGUUGUGACUCAGGACAGGUCCAUGUUGUCUUACAUAGGUAGUAGUGGCUAUAUGAGUUGUGACUCAGGACAGGUCCAUGUUGUCUUACAUAGGUAGUAGUGGCUAUAUGAGUUGUGACUCAGGACAGGUCCAUGUUGUCUUACAUAGGUAGUAGUGGCUAUAUGAGUUGUGACUCAGGACAGGUCCAUGUUGUCUUAGGUGGUAGUGGCUGAAUUACUCGUUACAUAUAACAACUCCUCCCAGUGUUCUCCUUCAAGGUGACAGGGGAGUCACACUCAGUGAUGGCCACACUGAAAAGACACACACACACAAUCACACAACCACACACACACAUACACACACGCACAUACACAGGAAAUUAUUACCAUUGCGACGGUUAUGAGCAGCAGGGGGAAUCGGCCAACAAGGACUAUUACCUCUUUCUUGAUCAGAGGGCGGAUCGUCUAUUUUCUGUCACAGCUGCUUAGUGAAUUCAAAUACAAGGCUCAGGCUUGGUUGUUAACGUAGCCAAUUGAUGACGUCCUCCAAAGUUGUACGAAUUAUGGAAAUGUGGACCUACCAGUAUAUGAAGAAAUGUACCAACGCCUUAGUUACAGUACUUUGUCAUUGGCAAUGGCAAUACAGUAUGUGACCUAAUGAAGUUCAUUUUGCAAAGUUGCAAAGACAUUCAUUACAUUCAUUCCCCUGAACCACUGAGUGUAGUCUAGCCAGGCUUUCUAAUCUCGGCACCAGCCGAAGCGAACGGUUGAUAGUCAGUGGAGCUCUAAUUGAAAUGACAUUGGGAGAAUUAGACAGAGGCGGGUGCCACUAGUCAUAACACAUCGUCGCCAUGUAAUUCACUCUGGCAACAAUUUGUGAUGUGCGCCGCUGAACAAAUUACAGGUCACUUGUAUUGCCUGGGGGGAGAUAGAGGAAUAAUUAACAUGGGGGUUUGAUGGCUGAGGGGGGGCGGUGGGAUGGUCGUUGUGUGUGUGUGUUGCCUUUGGGGCCAGCCAUGCUAUAAAUCACAGCUAUGGUUUUAAUCUCGCCAUGCACAGAGAGACUGUCUUCUCUGCCUGACAGAGGAAGAGGCCUCUCAGCCAAUUACAGCCCUCUGAGUGGUGUGUGUGUGUGUGUGUGUGUGCGUGUGUGCGUAUGUGCGUGUGUGUGGGUGUGUGUGUUUUGCAGCAACAGGAAAUGAUUGACAUUUUUGUAGGGGUUGAUACAUUUUUCGUAAGGGAAAAUCAAGUCUGAAAUUUCAAAGAGGAAGUUACAAACUUCAGAAGUUCUCCUGCAACAGGGUGUUCAAAUUAAGAUCCUACAUAUCUCGAGAUGUAGAUACUGGUGUUCAAAGAGGGAACAGAACAACCCAGUCUGGUGUGCCAGGCAGGCUGUGAGACACACGGCUAGUGAACAAGACUAUGGCUGUGUUCCCAUGUCCAUGCUAGCAUACCACUUAGGAUGCAUGCCCAACACAUUUGGUUCAUUCUCAGUGGUAUUCCUUCUAGUGUGGAUAUUGGAACCGAGCUUAAGUUUGACUUAACCUGUCCAAUUCACCUCAAGCUGUUACUCAUCAUCGUCAUCGUCGUCAUCAUUAUUGUGUUUCAUAUGUCCAUUAUCAUGUGUAUCUGUGCCCUAUAUACCUACCCCAUUAACCUCCAUCCAACCGCCACUGUAUCAGGCAGCUACUGUUUAAACCCACCACUGAUAGGAGAGUUAGGGAGCAUAAAUAUUUAAGACAACUCAAUGCUGAGACUGUCUGAAAAUCUCCCCCAAACUCCUGAACUCCUGAAUCUCCCCGACCCUUUGUAGCUGCUAGACACUGCCAGGCAGCGAGUCGCAUGCUAAUAGCAUUAAUACAGGAGUCUGUAUAUUCACUUUUAACUGAAACUGUUGUUACGUCCCAAAUGGCACCCUUUUCCCUAUUUAGUGCACUACUUUUGACCAGGGCCCAUAGAGCUCUGGUCAGAAGUAGUGCACUAUGUAGAGAAUAGGGUGCCAUUUGGGACGUAACAACAGUUUCAGUUAAAAGUUUUUGUCUUCCCACAAAACUCUGACUGUUCUUUUUCCUGAGCAUUUCAGAAUCUAGCAUAUGAUCACUAGAUUCUGAAGUAGCCAGUAUUAUGUUAUUGUAUUGGUUGUGUUCAGAUACUGUAUGUAGGCCUAACCCCUGACAUUUAAAGUCACUGAACCUCAGUUUGCUGGAGAACAGACAUUAAGUUCAGUUUUCCCAGCAGCCAAAUCAAUAUUUCUGUCCCAAGGUCUAAAGCAGUGGUGUCAAACAUAAUAUAAAUAUAUAUAAAACAAACAAAAAAUGUAUAUAUAUAUAUAUAUAUAUAUAUAUAUAUAUAUAUAUAUAUAUAUAUAUAUGUAUUUAUAUAUAUGUAUUUAUAUAACAUUUUUGGGGAGGGGUGGGGGGACAAACUCAAUAUACUUUCAAAUGACUAAAACCAAAUGGAAACUGUAGAAAUGAUAAUGGAGCUACAUUCAUACCCUUUCUUGACUGUGUCCAGCUCUCUAAUAACCACCUAAAUGAAAGCUAGACAGUCAGGGAGCAUCUGAUUUCCAAAAAACUAUGGAUUGAGGAAUAUUUAGUGCACAUUUUGACGGCGAGGAAAUAGAACCACUUUUCAGUUUGUUGAAGACUAAAUGCGACCACCGGGGCAAAAUGAGUUUGACACCCCUGGUCUAAAGAGUAGACAGUUAGACUCCUGUAACAUUGACCUAGAAAGGAAUAGGAGAAAAAUGGUCAUUUAAAAAGUAAUGUCUCCCAUAAUUUACAAUGUUCCUGUGAUGAACCAUACAUCAGUCACGGCUAAGUACCCAGGUGAUUGAUGGUGUGUACCAACCUGUCCUCACUCCUCACAAAGGCGAUGAGAGGCAAAAUAGUUGAAGCUAACUAGUGUGGAGGGGAACUGAUCAGACAGAGGUUAUGUCCCAAAUAGCACCCUAUUCUCUUUAAAUAAAUAAAAAUAAUCUAAUAUAGUGUACUACUUUUGACCAGGGCCCAUUGGGCUCUAUAGAGGGAGUAGUGUGCCAUUUGGGACACAAUCAGACACUAGACCUAAGGGAGUGAGCUAUCCUGUCCAUAUCUCAUUAGUCAUUACACACAAAGCAUGUUUGUCUUCAUUCGGUUUGUCCUUAAAUGUCAUCUGAUUAGAUUGUUAUCUAAUCUAAAGGGAGCAUAUGAGAGGAUGACUGGCACAUGGAUGAUUUAGUAGAAAGGUGAUAAAAUAGAUAGACUAACUUUAUUCUCCAUUCUCAAAGUUUUGUCUGAUUUCAAUGUUUUUAUUGUUGUUUUCAAUUGAGCCCGUAGCUCAAUAAAUGUUAACGACCGCCUUUCUUUUAUAGCUAGGUUCUGAAGUAAAUGUGGGUUGUAUAACUGGCUAAUGUGUUUAUCCAUGAUCCAAACCUCUGCCCUCCCUCUCUCUCUCUCCAGGACGCUUGGUUAUAAGAACCGCUAUCUGAGAGUCCCUGACUGCCACUUUUGGAUCGAGGGGGACCAUCAAGGCCACGGUCUGGACAGCAACAGCUUUGGACCGGUAAGCCACUUCUCUGCUUAA